AUGUACAAGUCCGAAAUACAAACAUCUUCGACUGAAUCUGCCACAAAUGCUUCUUCCUCGCAACAUCUUGAAACAGAAACAAGUUAUAUGUCACACGACACAUCAAGAUUGGUAAAGAAGAAGAAGACGAGCACAAAGGCAUUAGUGAAGCGUCUACUAGGCGUUGUGGCUGACUUAAGUUCUAAAGUAGACCAUGUAUUACACAAAAAAGAUGAACACCCGACACAAAUUUUGAACCAGACAGAAGGUUCUAUUCCCCAUAAACGUUCCUCAUGCCCAUUGGUUUUGGCAGUGCUACAUUUAGAUAUUUGGAAAGUACACAUUUAUGAUUCAGCACGAUGUAUGAAUUACUUCACAACGUACUUGACUGGUGGAGAAUUCAAAAGUUUUGGGGAUAGUAUAAUCGAAGAGCUAGAUGCGAUUGACUACUGGAAGGAUUUCCCCGAUGGACACAAAGACAACGCAGUUGUGGAGUUUAUUGAUAUUGUAGACGCGCCACAAAAGAAUAUAUUACUAAUAGAGGGGAUUGUGGAGUAUUCGUAAGCAUGUAUAUGGAAAUGAUUGCUUCGGGGGUACCGGUGAAGAGUGAUAAGCCAUGUAGAGAUGCGGAUUUCUCUACAGAAAUAGGAUGACAAAUAUUAUUUGGGAUACUAAAUAACUUGAUGUUUGGAAGUUUGUAUACAUUUUAUGAAAUACUUGUUUUUAGU